AUAAAAAAAUUAAAUGAUAUUUUAAUGUAAUAAAAACUUAGAAAACGUAAAUAUAAAGAUAAUCUCAUUGAUGUGUUAAAUACCGACUAACCUGUUAAUAAUAUAUAUCACACCGGUAACAAGACAUAAGUCAGUAGAUCCUUUCAGUGCAGAUUUUAUUAUAUGGAUUAAAAUUUAAUUUUAUAAAUAUUUUUUUAUACACAAUUUGUGUUGAUUUAUAAAUUAAAUAUAUAAAAUAAGUUAUUUUUAAUUUUUUAAAAUAUUCUUAUGUUGUAAAUAGUGAUCAGUUUAAUAUACAUGAGUAUGAAUGAAAUUCAAGUAUAAUAUAUUUAAUUUUUACCUUUGGAAAUCAAAACAAUGAUUAGGACUGCUAAAAGAUUAUUCUGGCAUAAAUGUAAAGCCUAUUAUAUACCAGAUCUGAACAUGCAUAGAUUUUUUAUUAAACUUCUAAAAACUCUAUGAAUAACAGACAAUAUUUUUAUAAAAUGGAUAUUGGAAUUGUUAAAAUUGCUGAAGAUAAAGAUUUUGAGAAAUUGAAACAAUUGUAUGAUAAUAAUAAUGAUUGGAGAUUAGAUUAUAAUAAACCUGAUUUAUCAGUUUGGACAAAAUCUGUAUCAGGAAUUAGUUUUAGAAUGGUAAAAAUUAGAACUCGUUUUCCUGAUGUUCUUCCAGAAACAUUAUAUGAUGUAUUACAUGAUCCUGAAUAUCGAAAGGUUUGGGAUACUCAUAUGAUUGAAUCAAAAGACAUAGGUUUUUUUAAUCCAAAUAAUGAUAUUGGUUAUUAUUCAAUGGCCUGUCCAUCUCCAUUGAAAAACAGAGAUUUUAUUCUACAAAGGUCAUGGCUUGAUACUGGUAUAGAGCAAUUAAUUUUGAAUCAUUCUGUUUUUCAUAAAGAUUAUCCUCCACGGAAACAAUUUGUUCGGGCAACAUCUUAUCUUACAGGAUAUAUUGUAAGACCAUCUCGAAAUGGUGAUGGUUCUGAAUUGGGUUAUGUAUCUCAUACUGAUCCACAUGGAAAAUUACCAGUUUGGCUUGUUAAUAAAAUUACACAAAUAUUUGCUCCAAAGAUGGUUAAAAAGUUACAUAAAGCUUCUGUAGCUUAUCCUAAUUGGAAAUUAGUUAAUAAUCCAAAUUAUAAACCUUGGCAUUUUCCUGAACAAAUUGCAUCACCUCGUAUAAGAAUUGAAGACCGCUGUUAAUUGUUCCAUGUAUUCAAGAUACAAUCUUUGCCAACGAAGAUGUCCUCCAAUAAUAGAUAAUAUAUCUUCCAAAAGUUUAUGUUUUUUAAUUCCCUAUAUAAUGAAUAGAAAAAUAUUGAUAUUAUAUUUAUAUAAUUAAUAAUAAUAUAUUAAUAGAAUAAAUACUAAAAUAAUACCAAAAUUAAAGGAUCCCAUAUACUUUUAGAAGCUGAUGUAUGACUUGGACCCAAAAAUUCAUCUAGGAUUAAUCUCAAACGUUUUUCCAAUCCAUCUAAA